GUGCCCGCGCAUGCUCCGUGCGGGAUCGGCCGGGCAUGCGGGCGGCGAGCGGAGCCAUGGCGUCCUUCCGCCUCGCUCUUAUUCAGCUUCACGUAUCUGCUGUUAAAUCAGAUAAUCUUCAGCGAGCCUGUGGACUGGUUAGAGAAGCAUCAGCUAAAGGAGCAAAAGUUGUGGCUCUACCUGAAUGUUUUAAUUCUCCAUAUGGAACCCAAUACUUUAAGGAGUAUGCAGAGAAGAUCCCUGGGGAAUCGACACAAAAGCUCUCAGAAGUUGCAAAGGAGUGCAGCAUAUAUCUCAUCGGAGGAUCCAUUCCAGAAGAGGACGGUGGAAAGCUGUAUAAUACAUGUACUGUCUUUGGGCCUGAUGGUGCUAUGCUGGCAAAGCAUAGGAAGGUUCAUUUGUUUGACAUUAAUGUUCCUGGGAAGAUACAGUUCAAAGAGUCUGAAACACUGAGUCCAGGGAACAGUUUCUCCAUGUUUGACACACCAUACUGUAAAGUGGGCCUGGGCAUCUGCUAUGACAUGAGAUUUGCUGAGAUGGCUCAAAUCUACGGCCAGAAAGGUUGCCAGCUGCUGAUAUAUCCAGGGGCUUUUAACCUGACAACAGGACCAGCUCACUGGGAACUCUUACAGAGAGGACGUGCUGUUGAUAACCAAGUCUACGUAGCUACCAUAUCUCCUGCUAGAGAUGAAAAAGCAUCCUAUGUUGCCUGGGGACACAGCACUGUAGUAAAUCCAUGGGGUGAAGUCAUAGCCAAAGCUGGGGCUGAGGAAACAGUUGUAUACACAGAUAUAGAUCUGAAGAAACUUGCAGAAAUACGUCAACAAAUUCCUAUUUUAAGCCAGAAGCGUUGUGACCUCUAUGGUGUAGAGAUGAAAAAGUGAAGCUGGGUGAAGAGUGAAGGUUCAAGUGCCACAAUGGUUGUGCCCUUCACCUUGAGAAGGAUUCCUUGACUGCUUGCUCUACAAUUUACUGCUGAAUGUGCCAGUUAAAAAAACCACCACACAAAAAAAACCUUAAUGGUGCAAUUCAUAAGUUGAUUCAAAUCCUACUUUUUAUAUCUCCUCUCACACUUAAAUAUUUCAUAGUUCAGUUCAACACAGGAGUGAUUAACGUUGCUUUUAUGCAUGACAAUGUUUUAGUUACCUUUUGGAGGCUUUUUUGUAGAACACAGAAAUGGAAACCUUGUUCUCUGAAACUCAAGUCAGCUUUGGUAUUAUGAAUUUUCCAGUGAAUUAUCAGAUAAUCUAGAAGCAUGAUUCUUCCCGCUCGGUCCUUUAUAGACGUACAGGCCUUAACAAAGCUCCUGGAAUGCCCUACUUCUAACUUGGAAAUCUUAACAUUUAACACUGAGCAAAACAGGCCAAAUUCUGCUCUGCACUACUGGGGACAAUGCAAGAAGCUGCCAGACAGAGCUACUGCUAUAGAAGAAUCUGUAACAGUUUUUGGUUCGUGUGUUCUUGCCUGGAUUAUGUGUAUUAAAUCUUCCUUAUGGCAAUUCCUGUUUAUUGCUGAAGUGACGUGGGUUACUGUGUUGUUAAAACAAUUCCCAUGUUGCCAUACCUUGGCUCUAUAUAAUAUAGUGCUUCCCUAAU